CUCCACACGCGUCCAGAAGAGCAGCGAUCCCAAUGGAGAGCAAAACGCGGGUUGUGCCCACAGAACAGCAGCGAUGGGACGCAGCAUGGCAGCCAUCGGGAUCCAUCCUUUCUCUGGACAGGAGAGGGGCCAAGAAAGUGCUGGAGAUCUACGUCAGGCGUUCAUUGAGCUGCUGUGAGAACACGCAGGCGGCCAAGGAAAGGCUUCAGGAGGGAGCCAAAGCACGAGGGAGGAAAGCAGCUCUGCUGCAAAGGUCAGAGAGCGACUUUGGCAAGUAUUCGCAUGCCAAGAACAGCUUGAAGAAGGAGCAGGAGGAGGCAGCCAAGGAGCUGGGGCUGGAGGAGGCUGUGGUUGAGGAGAGCAAAGCGUCGGCUCCUGGGGAGGAACUUAAAGAGGAGCUGGAGCCUAAGAGGAAAAGCACAAAGAGCUCUCCCCAGGGCAAGGCCCAGCGCACCUGGUUCAAGAGCUUCUUAAAUCUGCUGUUCAAAAGGAGUCCUGAGGAGCAGAAGGAAAACGCUGGGCAAAAAGUGAAGGAAAAAGAUGUCAGGACUCCUUACAGCAGCAAAACAGAAGGGCCCAGGAGACCCAGAGCCGACACCAGCACAUCCCCUACACUGGGCAAAGCCUCCAGGAAGAGACCCAGCCUCAAGAAGGUCUUCUCCUUCAAGAAGAACGUGGAGGAGGAGCGUGGUGAGGCGGGGGCCAGGGCCAAGCGCCCCAGCUGCCUGCCCCUGCGGCACGUCCUUGCAUCCAGCCCUACAGAGGCCGAGCAGCCGGAGGGUUACUAUGCACGGGUCUCGGAGGAGGUCGGGCUGAUCGUGCAGGGCAGUGGGGAGCGCAGGGCUGAGCGGCUGCCAGGGCCGACCUGCACCGAUGGGGUCGAUGAAGCCAUCAGAGAAAUUGUGGCCCUGCUGCAGGAGGCUGGAGAUGAGCUGGACAGGCAGGUGAGGGAAGACGUGCGGCUGCGGACGUUUUUCAGAGACAUGUCCUACAGCUCCUUCAAGAACCUGGCUGAUGCUUACGUCCGCCGGGAGAUGACGGCCAGCCGACCCAACGUCAACCCCCAGGAGAUCCAGUUUGCCUUCACAGUGCACCUCACUGCCAAAGUGGCCGGCAUCUGCAACCAGGCUGUGAACAGGAUCAUGGGAUUCGGCACCCGCUACUUGGAAGACUCGUUUGCGCCCUUGUCCUACAGCAAAGUCCUCCAGCAGGACAGAGCGAAGUUCAGCACAGACAACUGUGAGAGCCCGGACUGAUGGUGACCCCAGUGAUGGACAUCAAUGACUGGGACGCAGCCUCUGAAGGUGGCCUGGAUCUCCUGCGGGUUGGUGGAUUGAAAAUCCACAGAGGAAACCCACAGCAGUCACCGUGGUGGCACGAUGAGAUGAAACCCCACCUGGCAGGGGGCAAAGGGUCUGAAAAGCCCACAUUUCUGAGACUGCCCUGAAUUUCCAUUUUGGCUCUCACCAGAUGCACGUGUGGAGCCUCACGGUUCAUUUGUGUGUGUGUGCAUGUAUUUAUUUACCAACUUUUCUUACAUAUCUGUGAAUGCAGGCUAUAAUUUCUCCAGCUUCUGCUGUCAGUCAAGGGUCCAGUUCAGAAAAACCCUUAAAACUCAAAUAAAUGGGUCCCUGUGUGACAUCCAGGCUUGUCUGAAGGCAGAGGAAAUGUGGAUGCAUGUUAUACAUGGAAUAAAGUUUGCUUUGCUACA